AGGCGCCUCCCGCGCCCGCGUUAGGCUGCAAAUGAUCGGCUGGUUGCUACCCUCCGCAUCUCUCUUUCUGUCUGUAUGUUGGUUCGCGGCGCUACCCUGCAAGCAUAGCUUCAAUCAAACUGUCCACGUUCCUUCCUUCUUUUUCUUCCAUUUCAACGAUUGCAAAGCAGUGGCUGCACUGGACGGUUAUAAUCCUAUCUAGCUCCAUCUUUUCCUCUAGAGCUGCACGUGUUCUUUGUGUAGAGAUGAAUCACUAACUGGUCCUACCAAGCUAUGGCACGCUACUGAUUAUUAUUUCUUCUCCCGAGCUACAUGGCCAGCUCGCCGAGCUCAGCUGUUGUUCGUGCAUUGCGUGCUUAAGGAGGCACUGUUAUAAUGAAUGCUUGUCUUCUGUAGUGAUUUGAAAACCAAACACCCACCGCAUGGCGCGAGUAUUUCGACGGCCCGCUUCGGCUCUUGCCAGGCGCGCUUCAAGUAGGGCCGCUCAAAGGGCCGCUCGGAAGCAUCAGGUGGUCAUGGAAUCCGUUACACAAGAGAAGAAAAAGCUUCGGAGUGUUGUAUGUCAUUGUGUCGUUGGCUUUCUCGGGAGGAUCUUGACAGUCGUGGCAGAUAUCGUUUGAAGCGAACGCCCCUCCGGGUUAUACCUUCAUUCCCGCUGGCAAUCCCCAGCUCACCUCUGCAUGCAAGGAAAUAUGCCGGAAAGAUGGUCUCAACGUUUUUGCUGUCACGGUAGGCCAACAGACGUUUCUCUUCCCACUCCUCCCUCUUCCCUUCGCCGCCGCUCCGUUUUUACUUAGCCUACUUCUCUUCUCUAAUUCUUGAUCUUACCUGGCAGACAACUCCUCAUAUGCACACCC